AUGCACAUAAAUAAAUUAUCUGAGCAUCCAAACUCAAAAAGUGGGUCAUUUGUCCACUUGUCUCCGUAAGCUUAUGAGGCCUUAUAAACUUUAGAGUAAAUUAAAAGGAAUAAUAUGCUUCAGCAGAAUUCCUAAAUCGUUAGAAGAGUUUCAUCACAAUAUGUUCAAUAGCCUCAAAACAAUUACUAGAGAACAUCCAAUUAAUUACAGGCCUCUCCAAUACAGCAGAGAAAAGAGUUCUAAACCAAUCAAUCAUUAUCAUUCAUAAGAGGAGCUCUGUAAUCAAAUCGCACUAACAAAAUGGAAACGGAGGGUAGUCAUAAACCAAAUUCAUAAACCGAAAGAUAGAUUACUUAACAGCAAACUCUGGGAAAAUCGGAUGAGCCUACUCCAUUCUUCAGAGACACUUUAUCAAGUGAUCGCAAUAAAUGCAACUAGACUAGCCUAAGCCAAUAUUUGUCUCGACAUCAAUUUUAAUAGCAAUUCAAAUAUAUCAAUGAAGAAUUAUAAGCAUUUAAAUAAUAGGUCGAAAACGAUGUCUUGAUUGAGACUGUUAUCACUAAAUUUGAAUCACCCAAAGACAAUUCCAAAAAUAGCCAGUUCUUUGUAGAUCAAUCUUAGAAGGAGAAUUUGUCUCCCACAACCAAAUUAAUGAUGAAAAAGUAAUUGAUCUUAAAUCAGAUCCUCUCUCUCGAUAAUCAGAUCAAGAUCAUGGAAGAUGAAGAAACUAAAAUUGCUCUUGACCCUUAGAAAUCAAGGAAGAAGUAAAAUACUANAAAAUCUAAAAAUUAAUCAAUUUAGUCAAAUUAUUCGGAAAUAGUUAUCGCAACUAUAAAGUAAAUAUUUAAAAUUAGACCUGAUAUUAUAAAUUCUCUUAAGAUCAAUAUUUAAUCAGCUAUCUUUACAUAUAAGUAAAGUCUAUAUAAAUAUAAAUAGUUUAUGA